UUGUUUUCCUGACAGCUCCACUGUGCAAGGGUCACCAUGUGGGUUUCGGGAAGAUCCUUCAAAGGUUUCCGGAGAAAGACUGGGAAGAUGUACCCUUCCAUCAGGGUCUCGAACUGUUUUGCCAGCCCGCAGGAUGGAGGAUUACCAGCAAGGCUCAACCACCGACCUAUCAUGUGUCCGUUCUGACGGACAUCGAGGCCAGACGCCACUACUGCGCCGUCCUGACCUUCAGCGAAAUCGUCAACACGACCCCGUCGCGACCCGACGACCUGGAGAAUGAUGAGGUGGACGGGGCAUUGAUACGACACACAGUCAUGUUCGCACCCAAGUGUCUUGCGCUCAUAUCGAGAUUGGAGUACUUUGAAACGUUGAAGAACUGCCUGGGUUUGAUGUACACUGUUUACGUCGAUAAUGUAGAAGUUGAGAUGGAGACACUGGUAGGAAACAUCCUUGGACAUGUCCAGGUUCCGCCCCCUGGAGGCCCACAGGUUCGAUUCUCGAUUGGAGCUGGUGACAGACAAGCGCUGCAGCCGCCCCUCAGUGAUUCCUUGCCCGUCUCAAGAUCAUCUGUGGCUCUCCUUGUACAGCAACUUGGUAUUCACAACAUCAUCACGCUCUUCUGCGCUGCCGUGACCGACCAGAAGAUCAUGUUUCACUGUCGGAGCUACACCAGACUAACCGAGGCAUGCGGAGCGCUAAUCUCACUACUCUUCCCACUGAAAUACAGUUAUGUCUAUAUACCAGUACUGCCUGCUGCACUGAUCGAGGUCCUGAGUACGCCCACUCCAUUCAUUAUGGGGAUACAUUCAGCACUAAAGGAGGAAGCUACUGAAUUGCUUGAUGUAAUAGUUGCUGAUCUAGACGGGGGCUACCUGUCGAUACCAGAAUGUGUGAAUCUACUGCUGCCAGCGGACGUAAUAUAUGAGAGAAUCAACUAUGAACUUACUAUGGUGCUGAGACCUGAUCUGAAGAUAGCAGACCAAGCGUUCCCGUUGAGUUCGGACACGCCGUCUAAACCAGAACUCCUUGACAAGGAGAUACGUGCAAUCUUCCUGCGUCUGAUCGCUGAGCUGCUGCUAGGAUACAGGACCUGUCUCACCAUCAUUAGGAUCCACCCUAGCCCUGUCAUUACGUUCAACAAGGGUAUGUUUUUGUUCCAGCAUGGGUUAUUAGGAGAUGAAUUCUUGAGCAAGUUUCUGGACGGUAUGAGCUUCGGGGCAUUCGUCAGCGAGAGAGGGCCUCCUUACAGACCAUGUGAUCUCUUUGAUAAGUUGAACGCGAUGCUUCCAGAGACAUUUGCUACGGAGGAGGGACAGCCUGAGAGGAUGCUUAAGAACAUCAGGGACGUCGCAGAGAGGCUCUAUGUCAAUGAGAACCCAUCUAUAUUGUCUAUGUCUACAGAGGAGAAUCCAACCAAGGCGCAGUAUCUUCAGAAGAUCCCCAAGCCUUCCGAUGGCACCUACACACGCAUCAACGAGUAUCCGUUCCCGAGCCUGAGCAACGACAAAAUUAUCGAUGUGAUAGAUGAUGGUCUUGCAAAAGCAAUCAUGCAGAGUAUGAACCCAAACCUGAACAAACCCCGCAAUCAGAAGCAGCAGAUAGUACCCUACAACGCGUCCAUCGGUAACUUCGAAGGCCACAGGAACCUCGUCAACAACAGCGCCAGGAGACUGGAGGUUCUGAGGACCUGCAUCAACUUCAUCUUUGAGAACAAGAUCCUGGAUGCAAGGAGGUUGUUCCCAGCAGUGAUGCGGUCCCUGAAGAGCAGGGUUGCUAGGCAAGCUCUUCUUCAUGAACUGGAGCUGCAUGUCAACAAGAACCGAGCGAUGCUGGAGCCACAGCAGUUUAGCAUGGUCGUCAGGCUCAUCAAUGCAGCCCUACAGGAAGAUUCUCAUAGCGAGGAGUUCAGUCUGAGCAUGGACUUCCUACCCCUCAUAUCAGCGUUCUGUCGGAAACUGUGUCCUGGAAUCAUCCAGUUUGCGUACACGGUCACCCAGGAUCAUCCUGUCUUUGCAAGCCACGCAUUCUGGGAGACGGCAUUCUAUGCCGACGUGGAGAAGAACAUCCAGAGUCUCUAUGUCACUCCAGACAACACACCUACCUAUGAGAAGAAAGAUGUCAGUCAGAGCUUCAACGACGCCUUCGCGGCCGGCCCCGAUGCCUCCGGUUCCUCGGCCUCUAGCGCAGCAGCCAACGGCCUCAUCACCUCCGCCGAGCGCAGCCCACUGGACAUCGCUGCAGAGCAGCUCCGCCUCCAGCCCAACAUGAACCACGACGCGAGGGAAGAGGCGAAGAGUAACGAGGAGAGCAUCGUGUACAGUCAGGCGGUGCACUAUGCUAACAGGAUGGUGUGUAUGAGGGUGCCACUGGACGCCCAUAGAGGCCUGAAGAACUCUAUCACGCUGGAGGGGGAUAGUGGCGGUAGCAGCAAUAUCACCGGAAGUGUUGGUGGUAGUGAUAGCUAUAACGCCGAGGACCAUUAUGGUGAGAGUGAUCCUAAGGACGUAGCUACCAGGGUGAUCAAGUUCAUCUCAAGGUUCGUUGACAAGGUCUGCACCGAGGCAGGCGUCUCACAUGAACACCUCAAGAACCUCCACGGUCUUAUACCAGGGCUAGUAGCAAUGCAUAUAGAGACAUUAGAUGCGGUCAACAGGGAAAGCAAGAGAUUACCACCCAUUCAAAAGCCUAAGAUCCUGAAACCCACUUUCUUGCCCGGUGAAGAGAAGGUCAUGGAGGGCCUCAGAGGCUACCUGGUGCUGGACGGCAGGGAAGAAGGUCAAGGAGGGGUCAUGGGCGGACCUACACUCCUACCAGCAGAGGGCGCUGUCUUCCUCACGACCUAUCGCAUCAUCUUCAAGGGCACACCCAUUGAUAUGCAAGCUUGUGAGCAAGUGGUCACGAGAAGUUUCCCUGUCUCCGCGCUUGUUAAGGAGAAGAAGAUUAACGUGACGAACAUUGGCAAUACCUUCCACUUAGAUCAGUUCUUACCUGAGGGCAUUCAGCUCCGAUCAAACACUUUUCAGUUAAUGAAGAUUGUGUUUGAUGCGGAGGUGAGUCUGGAGAGGCUGGAGACGUUCCGUAAGAUGUGCAACAAGCUCCGGUAUCCUCAGAGCAUCUUCCAUACCUUCGCCUACCCUCGCCAUCUCAUCUCACCAGCACUCUCCACCCAGAUGAAGCACAAGGAGAAGAGUGCGACCUUGAGAAAAUUUGCCACAAAAACAUUCCUGCGUGGCGGCAAGAAGUCCAGCAAGAUGUCCACCCGCAAGGACAAGUACGUCCUCCCUCCAGGGGGCAGCGGGAGGACCAUGCCUCUGGCCUCGUCCACGAUGCUGAAGGAAGAUCUGCUGACCGCUAGCAUGGAGAGCGUCAGAACGGACAGUCGUCCAGGGAGCCUUAUGUUCGACGAGGAUGAGCUUUCAAACGUAGACCUGUCUUCGUUCCUCACCUUGGAGCGGGGUCAAGGCUUCGAAGAUCAACCCACCCAAGUUAUAGACGAGGUUGAUAGUACGACGACCCUGAAGCCGACAAGUGACAUGCUGACCGUCGAGAAGCUGGCCGAGAGACAGUAUGUGCAAGACUAUACGAGGCUAGGACUAGGUCUGCUAGGGAAUGGAGCAAUAUCCAGACCGAGAGUGGGCGAUAUGUUUAAGAUAUCAGAAGUCAACAGCAAGUUUGAAGUUUCAAGAAGUUACCCGGCAUUAAUAGUGGUACCCUCGGUGCUGAGCGACGACAGCAUACGCCGCCUUGCCAAGUGUCACCGGCACGGCAGGUUACCUGCCAUCACGUGGCGCCACCAGAGGACGAAAGGGCUUCUGAUCCGGUCCAGUGGGUUCCACGGCAAGGGAGUGAUGGGCAUGAUCAAGAGUGCACAAACACAGGGUUCAAGUACAAGCGAGUCGUCAGGUUCGAGUAAGAGCCUGGAACAAGAGAAAUACCUCUCUGCCAUCGUGCUGAACACCCCUUAUGGCAGCGCCCACAAGAGCGAUUCCCUCGUCAGUCUGAACUCUAUCCUCCCCCCUACCAACAGUGGAGAGACCCCGGACGGCACACCCACCAUCAGUCCACGCAAGGGAACGCAUGGGACCGGUACACUUCUACAGAGGGGGUUUCUUCGGUCCAGUGGAGGGCAGAAGGCAUACACGGGAAAACCAGGAAUAUUUGAUAUUGGUGUUGCAACCCUCAGAAGAGGCAAUACGUUGAAGGGCGGCGGCCGCUUGAUGAUGGGAGCUUCGGGCCACACCCAAUUGGGCGGUGGCGUUUCUCCUGCCAUCUCUAAAAAACACCUUACUCUUGGCUCUCGCACAUCAGCGACCCGGAACGGCUCUGUCACGGAGCAGGACCUGGCCAUGCCCAGGAAGCAGGAGGCGAGGAAGGCUGCCCUCUAUGUCUUCGGAGAGAAAUCCCAACUGAGGAACUUCAAAUCGGACCAGAACUCCAAAUGUGACUUCAUUCCUUACGACUACUAUGAGACGAGGCACAUCAAGGCUAGCUUUAAGAAACUGAUGAAGGCUUGUCUCCCGAGCAACCCCAUGACCGACCCAGAGAUGGGCUUCCACAAGAUGGUCGGAGAGUCAGAGUGGUUGUUACAGAUCCAGAACAUCAUGCAGCUAGCAGGAGCAGCGGUAGAUCUGAUAGAUCUCCAAGGCUCGUCUGUAUGGCUAAGCUUUGAAGACGGCUGGGACUUCACCACCCAGGUGAGUGCACUUGCCCAGCUUCUGAUGGACCCCUACUACCGUACACUGGCUGGCUUCAAGGUCCUGGUGGACAAGGAAUGGCUCGCCUUUGGUCAUCGAUUCACUCACCGCACCAACCAGACCAUUACCCAUCAGACCAGCGGCUUCGCUCCUGUCUUUCUACAGUUCCUGGACUGCGUGCACCAGGUUCAUUCCCAGUUCCCUCUCUCGUUUGAAUUCAACCAGUACUUUCUCAAGACGAUAGCUUAUCACUACGUAUCCAACCGCUUUCAGACAUUCAUGUGGGAUUCAGACUAUGAAAGAUAUCAAGCAGCAACCCAAGUGUACGAGGAGAGAAGACCGUCAAGGAUCGACGAGAGCGGAGACAGCGACAGCGAGACGCCCAGCCCACCCCUCAAGUCACUCUGGGACUACAUGGACAAGUACCACCCCCGGUCGCCAAUCUUCUAUAACUUCCAGUUCGCCCCGCACACAACCGUAAAUGAUGUCCUGAGACCAUACACCAACACCUCCAGUCUCAUCAUCUGGGACUACUUCCUCAAGGAGAACCUCUACGGUGGGCCAUCCUACGAUCGGGAACUCUUUGAGUCAGCGACCAAUGAGGACAACGAACAACCCCUGGAGCAGACGGACAGAAGGACGGUCAACGCGAGCUAUGAUGAUGUGUCGCACGCAGAACCCGAUAUCCACAGGUGGCUCCUAGAAGAGAUAAGGCAGUUGGAGUCUGACCUCGGGAAGCCGCACAAGAACUGGAAGCAUCUGUUAGAGCACAUGGAGGCAAGGUUUGUGACGAGGAGAAAGAGAACGUCUCAAGCCACUGAGGAAGCGAGGGUUCAAAGCAUGACGGCGCACAAGAAAACCACCAUUGAUAUUCUUGUCAGGGGCAAGAACAUUGGGGAGCCGCCGACGAAAGGGUUCAACUUUCCGCAUCACUUUGAGCCGUGUAGCUACAUGACACCAACUAGCUGUGACUUCUGCAAUCAGAUGCUCUUUGGGGUCGUCAAACAAGGAUGUACAGGUAUGAAGUGUUCAGACUGUGGGUACAACGUCCACGAGAAGUGCGUCCCUCAGGUCCCGAAGCAGUGCUCGAGGCGGGGCUCCACCAAGGAAAGCUCCGCCCCUACCAGGCAGGUUGCUAAGGAAGACUCUAACCCCGCCCACACCCCGACAACGGACAAUGUUCGCUCUUUCACACAGGGUUACGAGCAGUUCAACAACCUGAUUGACGAGACAAGGUCACACGAAGGUCAUCUCUAUAAGAGAGGAGCGAGACUCAAGGGAUGGAAGCAGAGAUGGUUCGUACUCGACUCACAGAAGCAUCAGUUGAGGUACUACGAAGCCCGGAACGACCCUCACUGUAAAGGAUUCAUUGAUCUGAAGGAGGUGGAGUCUGUUCAGCCGGCGUUUGCCAACCCCUCGGCACCCAAGAAAGUAGAGGACAACGCGUUCUUUGAUCUGAAAACCACAAAGAGAGUGUACAACUUUAUAGCAGACACUAAAGUAGCAGCUGAAGAAUGGAUUAGUAAAAUUCAAGACUGUUUAUCAUGAUACCAGACUAAGCAAUACAUCCACAUGUAUGUGUAGGACCCAUGGACUUUGUAGCGAGAUGGGAUUGUUCACCAGUCUCUUUGAAACCUGGUCAAGAGUUGGACUCUGAUUGUCAUGAUUAAGAGACUCUGAUGGUUGUGUGGUUUAUAUUGAAAGGUGAUGCACUUAGAGAGGAUGGUUUACCAGUCUCUGUGAACUAGGAAAAAGAGAGUGGACUCUCUUAGUCAUGAUAAACAUUGUGGUGGAAGCGUAAUACUAAUAUGUGAUGCAAUGAGAAAUGAUCUGUUACCAUUCUCUUUGAACCAUGGAAAGAGAGUGGACUCUGUUUGUCAUAAUAACCUGAGCCUGAUGGAAGUGUAAUACUCAAAGUUGAUGCCUUGAGAAAUGUUUUGUUACCAGUCUCUGUUAACUAUAAUGAAGAGAGUGGACUCUGAUUUACUUGCUAAACAAAAUUCUGAUUGAAAUGGAACAUACAUUGUAGGCUGCUGAUGCAUUUAGAAAGGAUAAUCUACCAGUCUGUGGAGUUCAUUAUGAAGAGGCUUCUCAACAGAGUGGUUAGAAUCAAUAUCAUAUAUUGUAGCUAUGAGUGCAUUGAACUAAGUUACAUGUACUUGAAGAGAGAUUGCAACAUUCUCCUUUUGUUUUAAUUGGUAUUAAACGAGUGAUACAAAGAGAUUUCUACAGUGACUUGAUAACAAUUGUGAGAGAUAGAGCAUCUUCUUAUAUCUCUAUGCUCAGUUCUGAAAUAUGCUAUUGUUUUAACAUUUCGUUUGCUUCCUUUGCCUCUCUGCACAGUCUCUUUGUGUGCCAAACAUGCAAUUUUGCACAAAAACAAAUAAACAAUAGACAUCUAUUGACAGAAGAUUUCCUUUGAGCAACA